GCCGCCGCCGCUGCUGCCGCCGCCAUGGCCACCCGCUCCUGCCGGGAGAAAGCUCAGAAGCAGAAUGAGCAGCACCAGGCCAUCCUGGCCAAGCUGCUGCGGGAGGAGGACAACAAGUACUGCGCGGACUGCGAGGCCAAGGGUCCAAGAUGGGCUUCUUGGAACACUGGGGUUUUUAUUUGCAUCAGAUGUGCCGGAAUACAUCGAAAUCUCGGGGUCCAUAUAUCAAGGGUCAAGUCUGUCAACUUGGACCAGUGGACACCAGAGCAAAUACAGUGCAUGCAGGAAAUGGGAAAUACUAAAGCAAGACUACUCUAUGAAGCUAAUCUACCAGAGAACUUCCGAAGACCUCAAACAGAUCAAGCUGUGGAAUUUUUCAUCAGGGAUAAGUAUGAGAAGAAGAAGUAUUAUGAUAAAAAUGCAAUGAAUGCCUUCAAUAUCUCCUCUUCUGAUGGUGCUCAGCCUCUGGCAUCCUCUCCUUCUCUGCAAGCUGCUGCUGAAAAGAGCAAAGCAGAGAAGGAAAAAGAGAAAAAGAAAGAAGAGAAAAAGAGGGAGAGAGAAUCAGAGAAACCAUCCAAACAGUUAGCAGUUGAAAAGCCACAGAAGAAAGAGGAUCAGCAAUCAGAAGCUAAAGCAAGCCCCAAAAAGUCAUCAGAACCCACAAUUGACCUUUUAGGACUUGAUGGCCCAGCUGAAGCAUCUGUUACAAACGGAGGCACCGCUGCUGUCACAGCGCUGAAUGAUGACCUGGAUAUCUUUGGUCCAAUGAUCUCUAAUCCUUUACCAGCAGCUGCUGCACCUCCUGCUCAGAGCACCUCCGCUAAAGCAGCAGCUGCCCCUUUGUCUGCGGCGUCCGGGGACCUGGAUCUGUUCACGGAGCAGGCGCCCAGGUCGGAGGAGUCGGCCAAGAAGCAGCUCUCCAAAGACUCCAUCCUGUCGCUGUACGGCGCGGGGAGCCUGCCGCAGCAGAGCGCGCCGGGUAUGUUCAUGGGGUCAUCUUCUAUGCCCUUUACCACACAACCAUCAACUCAUUUUCAAGGCUUUCCAGCCAUGGGAGUUCCUGUGCCUGCAGCAACCGGGAUGAUGGGCAACAUGAUGGGACAAUCCAUGCCAGUCAUGGGACAGAGCACAGGCAUGAUGGGAGGAAUGGGAAUGCCCAAUGGAUUUACUGGUACCACACAGACUGGUGUGAUGGGACUGCCUCAAAAUGUGGUUGGACCUCAGAGCGGGAUGGUGGGACAGAUGGUGACGCCACAAAGCAAGUACGGACUGCAACAAACCCAGCAAGCUCAGUGGAACCUCUCUCAGAUGAAUCAGCAGCUGGCUGGGAUGAACCUCGGCACCUCCAGCACGGCCAUGGGCUUCGGCCAGCCCCCCAGCACAGCGGCAGGCUGGACUGGAAGCUCCUCUGGUCAGACUCUCAGCACACAACUGUGGAAAUGAAAACUGAAACGGAGGUCUCGACACCCACAACCACCACCCUGACAUUCCUUGCUCCAAGAAGUUUUACUUUUGCUGUCCCCCCCACCGUGUACAAACUCUUUUUUUCUUGCCCCCCUCCACCCCCAAGCUGUUCAGAUUAAGGAUAUAACUGACUGACCGUGUCGUGGUCUCUGUUGAUUUCAGUUUGGUGUAGUGACAAAGCAGAUCAAGACUCCAUUCAGACAUCCUUGGCAGCCUUUUCAUACAGUCCACACGAUUUCAUCUAUUUAAGAAGCUGCUUAACCACUUACUGAUUAUUUUUUAUUCCCCUCCCCCCUCCCCCUUCCAAAUAAUAGAUCCAAUGUUUGCCUAUAAGGGACGUAGCUAUCAUGUUAGUAAUAUCCAAAAAGAAACAAAUACAAACCCUGAGCCCCCACCCCUUCCUGGCCCCUCCCCCCCAGUAACCCUGUAGAAGGUACUGUAUGAACAAAUGUUUAAUCAUAUAUCAAUAGAAUGUAAAUGUUAUCACUGAGCAAUGUUUUCUAGUGUAUCCAAACCGAUUUUGUUUCAUCCUCCCAUUUCACUGUGAUGUUCUUAUGGUGUGCAUAACAGGGAAUAUGGUUCUUGACAAAGGAAGAUAAACCUGGAUGUUGCUGGCAUUCUACAAAUCAAGAG